AUGGCGCCCGAUCCGAACGAUCGUCGACCAGUGGGUUUCGAGUCUGGCGAAAGUGGUGGCAGGACGUGGCAUCCGGAUCCUCUGAACCCCCAGAUGAAGCCUCCGGUCAAGCUAUGGCUGCCAGAGCCAACCGUCCAGGAGCAGUACAUGCCGGAUGCCCCUCCAGAGGCUCAGAGGCCCCCGCCUCCGCCAGCGGAGGAGAGGCGGAGGAGCUUGGCCCUCGAGAAAGUCUGCGGUACUUGCGGUCUUAAUUGGUGCGAUUCA